AUGGAGAGGGUCUACCCAGAUUGGGUUUGCUCAAGACAUAUAGAGAGGGCAACCGAAGAAGAGAGUGAGGAUAGAACACAGCUGAAUCCAUUGUUUGCUGGUGAAAUUUUCCUGGGAAAAAUCUCUGGAGUAUUUGCUCAGGAAAAUCAGGGAUUCUUGAGAAUCUCAAACGAUAGAUUCACCCCAGAAAUGAUAUGGGUAGGCCCACAAAUGGGUAUGUAUGAUGUAUCUGUACACGUAUUCAAAGGAACUCUUUCAUUCCACGCGUUUUUUGGAGAUUCAUUGAAACGCCGCCAUGUUUCAUUCCACGAGUUCUAUUGA